CCCCUCCUCCCUCUCCUCCCCCACCCCUCCACUCCCACUGCCUUAUCGACGGCAGUAGGUUAGGUUUGCUGUCAGUGUAACAUAUGAUUGUCAAAUCGAUGUAAACAAACUUAGCAGCACAGAGUAUUUUUAAGUUUUAUCGUCUUUCAAAAUGGAGUUCGCAGAUUUGAUUCAGACACCCAAGUUGGAUGGAGUUAAAAUGCGUGGGCCAUUUCACAGUCCGGUCGAUGGAACAUUAUGUAUUACUGGCCAUCAUAUUAUUCUGUCAUCCCGCAAAGAAGGAGUUGAAGAGCUCUGGCUGCUUCAUCGUAAUGUUGAUGCCGUUGAUCGCAAACCUGACAGUCAAGCUGGUGGUGGAACUCUCAUCAUCAAAUGUAAGGAUUUCCGUUGUAUUGAACUGGAAAUCAAGGAGCAAAGGGAAUUUCUAAAUGUUGCAUCUUCAAUUGAAAAAUUGUCAAACAUAGUGGAACCAACUUUGCUGUAUCCCUUCUUUUAUCGCCCCAUGUACACAAUUCUAGAAGAUGGGUGGACAACAUUUCGUCCUGAAACAGAGUUUAACAAACUGGUGACUGCUUUAUCAGAAGAAUGGAGAUUCUCCUAUGUAAACAAAGACUAUAAU